AUGCUGGCACCUGUCGAGGACGACAACGGCUCCAUUGUCUCCACGCACAACAACCGCGAGGGCGUCACGAACCACGAAUGGUACACGAACCAGCGCACCGGGACACCAUCUAUUCAAUAUCACCCAGCAGUCUAUGCUGUCCAGACGCAGCGAGGAUGCGCUGAAGUCUUCUACACGCAUUGCCUGAGGACGCCAGCAGAAUUCCACUACGACGCAACCAGCCAGAACUGCGUUACGACGGACAGACGCGAAGACCAGCUGUGCGCCCGCGGAAUGAACCGCUUCACAUCCGAGGCGAGCUGCACACGCUCAUGUGUGCGAACCCGUCAUCCAGAACAGAGAUGUUUCGCGACGCCAGUUUUCUCCGUGUGUGAAAGCCGUGACGUGAAAGUACCGCAGUGGAAUUUCGAUGGACGCGUCUGCCGACGCUGGCAUUUCCCGUCCGGCCGUUGUCCGUCAACGACGGCUGCCGGAGAGCGCAUGUUGCACAGCCCCCCUUUGUUCCCCACAUACAGCCAGUGCUUCGAAGCGUGUGGACUACGGCGGCGGAGCCGGGUGAACACGGUCAACAAGGCAUCUCGCGUGGGCACCGCCUGCCACGCGGUUUUGUAUCCGAAGACUUGCACCGAGGAGCAGCUGCGCUAUCCUUACUUUGCCGCGGCGGGCAGACGAGAAGCAGGGAACGUUCGGCUGUGGUGCCUACCCGUUGCGUCAGCGUUUCCUCUGCCUGGUCAUCGCUGUCUGCUUGGAACCAACCGUUUCCGAACUCGGUCAUCGUGCCAGUGGGCAUGUGCUGACACCGAAGUGUAGAAGUCAUCUCACAUGUGGUUCUACCCAAAAUUCUUGCAUAAUUGCGUCCUUUCACUUAGGUAUUAUAGAAUGGAUUCCCAAUUCAGCUACAUGAUAAAAAUUUUCUAAUGUAAAUUUAAUGUUGACAUAUUUGUGUUUAUGUGCGUUAUAUAAAUAUGUUAAACAUCGUAAAAGACAUUAGCGUGUUGUUCACGGCUCUAAAUACUGUCAGACGCUGACGUAUUCAUAAGGUU